AUGAAUCAGGAUCAAGAAGUACCAGCUACGACAACGGAUCUAGCUAGACUGUGUAAGCGAUCGGUAGAGGCUACAGUGAAACUUCAUAAAGGAAAAGCAGACGGCGACAAGGCGUUAUUGGAAUUUCCAAAACCGCCGAGCGAGGAAUUCAACAGGCUGAACGAGCCGCUUCAAACAAUUGCAACAGGAUAUUGUCCGACAAGUUAUCCCGUGACUCAGUCAAACACCGAGGAGAAGCUGCAUCCCGAAAAUGAAAUAUACCCGACACAGGAAUAUAGACAAGAACCAUGGCUUCAAGAUGGUAGCAGCUGCGAAACGGAAGACAGCGAGCAGUACGUGCCGGAGUUCCAUCGUAUGUCAAGUUAGUGUAAUGGAGAUAUCAUUUUUUCUACGAUUAUCGAUCGAUUUUCGAAGCAAGACGCGACGAUUUCCCUUACGAUUUAUCUUAUUACUACGUUUCGAUCGCGUCAAGUAAUGAGACACGAACGUCGAAGGAAGUCAAUCUCAACAGAAACGGAAGCUGCACGGAAAUGUAUCGCAUAUGCAAUUUAAUCGUUAAUACGGAAAGAACCUGGCCAAAUAGGAAACUACGAAUUCGCGUUCUCGCGACUCGCGUGUUCACCCUUAAAUCCCGAGAUCCUUCUUGUCUAUUAAGUAUUAUUAAAAAUUGUAUCGGUUUUUCUCUCCUCUCGUUUGACAAUGAGAUUUCUUUUUUUUUUUUCCCGAAGCAAUAUCGACGGGCAAUAUUAAAAAAAGCCAAUAAAUCGCCCGGGGCCGGUGUUUCUAAAGUGGCAAGAAAGUAUCAACAGAAGACUGCCGACGAUUAUCGAUAUCGCAUUACACGAGGAAGCA